UGGUGAAAAAACAAAAAUCCAGCCUAAUUGGUCCCUGGCUCUUUCUAGUGAAUGAAGGAGGUUUCUGUUUUAAGAAAUGAAGCAACUUCUCAGCCGUGAUUCACUGCCCACAGGGAGAUUUCAGCGCAAAGGCCGCCCUGCCACUGUAGAGAUUUGCAUACAGCUUCUACUUCCUGCUUCCGAGCCUGUUCUACAAGUUACCUGGGCCCUGAGAGGCUGAGGGAGGGAGGGCAAGAGCCACCCAAGGUGGAGAGAGGAGAGUGGAGAGGGAGACCACCCCCCAGCUGGCUGGCUGCCCUGUCUGUCUGUACUGGAUCUAAGCAACUAGAAUGAACCAAAGCAUUCCUGUGGAGGUUGAUGACUCAGAACCAUACCCAAGUCAGUUGCUGAAACCAACCCCAGAAUAUUCCCUAGGAGAAGAAUCGGAACCACCUGCUCCAAAUGCAAAGAGCAUGCCACCCACCAGCACGCCUGUGCCCCAAGCCCUGCACUAUGCAUCAGGAGACUUUUCUCAGGUGCACCUUCCUCUGAAACAUGCAAACCACCAGUGCCCUGUGUCACAGCAGGUCACCUGCCUGCGCACCAAAGUCCUGGAGGAGAGUGAAGAGAGUUUCCUCAGGAGGGAUCCGGCUCCGGGCAAAGGUUUGUCCUUGGGCUCCUCUGCAGCCAGCCAGCCGGAGGCCCAGUCUGUGCUUGGAGCCCUUCCUGCAAAGCAUCAGUUUUCAUUUAUGGAAAAACAUAAUCGAUGGCUGGGAUCUCAGCUUUCAGCAGCUUCUCCUGACACUGGCCAUGACUCAGAAAAAUUCGACCAAAGUUUACCUAAUUCUUUGGCAGACUCCUCAGGCCACAGCCAAGAGACAGUGCCACGGCCUCCGCCCCACCAGAUCCCAGCAGCCCCAGAUCUGCCCACGAUAGACACAGGGUAUGACUCUCAGCCCCAGGAUGUCCUGGGCAUCAAAAAUCUGGAGAGACCCCUGCCCCUCACAUCCACAUGUUACCCCCAAGACUUCCCCAGCCCUCUGAGGUCCAGGGAGUACCCUCCCUUUGAACCUCAGAGAUAUCUAGCAUGUGCACAGAUGUUGCUGCCCAACCUAUCCCCACAGGCUCCGUGGAACUAUCAGUACCAUUGUCCCGGAAGGCCGGAUCACCAGAUGCCAUGCUUGGCAGAGAAAAUGGGGACAUGGAUGCCACUGCAUGAUGGCUGCAGCUACCCUCGAGCAGCCUACCAGCAGAUGAUCCAACCAGUUGUGCCUGGGCAGCCCCUACCUGGAACAACUGUGAGGGGCUUGUACCCUGUGCAAAAGGUCAUCCUGAAUUAUCCCAGCCCUCAGGACCAAAAAGAGAGGGCUGCACAAAGAGAUGGCUCCUUCCCAAGGCUUCCAAGGGAGCAGUUCUAUCACUCACCACCCGGUGCAACUGGAGCUCCUCUGGAGUCCUUGGCAUGUCCUGUGAAACUGAGACCCGGUGGUCCCCACCCUUCAUCCCCCAUUGCUGUGCCUAGACCCCCGAGUAACCCUCCAAUCAGAGGAACUCUGAAAACAAGCCAUUUGCCAGAAGAAUUACGGAAAGUCUUUAUCACUUAUUCUAUGGACACAGCUAUGGAAGUGGUGAAAUUCGUGAACUUUUUGCUGAUAAAUGGCUUCCAAACUGCAAUAGACAUAUUUGAGGAUAGAAUCCGAGGCAUUGAUAUCAUUAAGUGGAUGGAGCGCUACCUUCGGGAUAAAACAGUGAUGAUAAUCGUAGCAAUCAGCCCCAAAUACAAACAGGAUGUGGAAGGCGCUGAGUCGCAGCUGGAUGAGGAUGAACAUGGUUUACAUACUAAGUACAUUCAUCGAAUGAUGCAGAUUGAAUUCAUAAAACAAGGAAGCAUGAAUUUCAGAUUCAUCCCUGUGCUCUUCCCAAAUGCCAGUAAGGAGCAUGUGCCUACUUGGCUUCAGAACACUCAUGUUUACAGUUGGCCCGAGAAUAAAAAAAACAUUCUGUUGCGGCUACUCAGAGAGGAAGAGUAUGUGGCCCCUCCCAGGGGGCCUCUGCCCACUCUUCAGGUGGUACCCUUGUGACUCUAGCCAUCCUCACAUCACAGUGGCCAUGGUGGGAGCCGUAGCUAAGGUUGGUGGCACUCACAGUUUCUCUCAGUCCUUCCUGAGGGGCCCUUGGGUCCCAG